GAAGGAGGUUAUGAGAGAUUUUUCCGAUUUGAUCGUCGCAUAUGGCGUGAGCGAUGAGUUUAGGUAUCUAUUGGAUUAUCCCGUGCCGAUGAGUUUCUUCACUAACCAUGCUCCGCCGAAAAAGUUUUGUCUUCCAUCGGAACUGCCAGCUCUUCGAGAGACGAAGUAGCAAGCUUGUUUCUACAAUCGUUUCGGCUUUUACAGCGUAUUAUGUUCAUAAAUGGCCAGAAUUUUUCCCAUCAAUGCCUCUAGAACCGUGUUGUCUGCCUACAUUCGAUGGAAGGGCGGUACAGUAUCCAAGCGUUCGAAAUCUGCGAGACUAUAUGAGUUGGAGGCAAGUUGAUUGUCACAUAAAUAACCUGUAUAAUACAACCUUUUGGAAUAUGGUGCUGAAGGGUGGGAUGAGCAAUACGGAUGCAGAGCAAGAAUUAAAAGGAACCGUCUCAUCUGAUAAAAACGAGAUUUUAUUUUCAAGGUUCGGCAUUAAUUAUAACAAUGAACCAGAGAUGUUUAAAAAAGGUAGUGUCUUAUAUCGGGAUUUCGAACUACAGCCGAUUGAAAGACCUCAAGGCCACCAACAACUAAGUAAGCCGAGAGAGGACGAAGGGUAUACCGAGGACGGUGAAGAGCCGUCGCAGGUGUCAAAAACCCAACGAGAGAAGCAGAAAAAGCUCCAACGGAAAGCCGACAUCGCAAUUGCUUAUGUGGAUAUCAUUAAGGACGAAUUCUGGGAACAGCGUCCGUGGAUACUGUCAAAUAGGGCGGGAAGACUACGUGGGAGUUGAAGGCU